GUGCGGCGCAGUUUUCUCGACACCUUUUGCAAAAUUGCUUCGUAAAUUAGAGCGUAACACUUAAUACUUCCAAUGUGCAGACUGUCCGUGAACCGGUCAAAUUUGACUGCUGGGAUAAUUUGUACCGUUUUUCCUUCAUUUUAACCACUUUGCUAACGUUUAUAGCAGGCUUUCGAGUUAGCCAAAACAGCUAGUUACAGAAACUUCAGCUGAAGAUUCACAACAAGACAGAGCCACAGGCGGCUGUGAAUGUGCUUUCAGACCUUUGUGAAAGUGGAAUAGUGUCCAUACAUAGAGGACAAUGCCACGCUUGCAGUCCGGUGUUUGGAAGCAUUUCACCCCAGCUAUCAAAGAAGGGAGAGAAACAUUCAUGUGCAACUACUGUUUAAAAACAUACACAAAAAAUGCCACAAAGAUGCAGAUGCAUUUGGAUAAAUGCAAGGAGUACUCCAUGGUUUCGCAGCAGUCACAGGGCCCAGAUGGGAGCUCCUCUGCCUCCAUUCCUGUUCCCUCCUUCUCGUUCCUACCAUCUGCCACUCCUGGGGGACAGUUCCUCAUUGAUUCAGUGGAUCAGCGCAGCCAGGCGCACGCUGACGAGUGCCUGGCAAGAGCUGUGUAUGCCACUUCGUCACCCCUCACUCUCACAGACAAUAUUUAUUGGAAACGAUUUUUCAGCGUGCUCCGGCCAGCUUACUGUCCGCCCACCAGAGAGGUUUUGUCCUCUCAUCUGCUGGACUGUGAAUAUGACAGAGUACAAAGUCAGGUUCAUGAGGCCAUAGGGAAAGCCGACUGUGUCACUAUCAUCUGCAGUGGCUGGUCUAACGUAAAACAAACUGGAACUAUCAUUUAUAUGGUUGCAACUCCUGUGCCGCUUUUCUACAAACGGACAACGACAAAGGAGCAGACACACACAAACGCUUUCAUUGCUGAGGAACUGAAGGAUAUUAUAAAUGAAGUGGGACCACAAAAGGUCUUUGCUGUUGUCACUGAUGGCUCCCCGGAAAUGAUGGCAGCUUGGGCUCAAGUGGAAGAAACCUUCCCGCACAUAUCAGCUAUCGGCUGCACAGUGUGUGGCGUCCAGCAGCUCUUCGAUGACGCGGUUGCAACGCCGUCGAUGAAGGCUCUGUGUAGGAGAGCUGAACAGGUGGUGAGGUAUGUCAGAGAGCGAAAAAUGUUAGCGGAGACCUUUAGAUGCUGGCAGACCACAAAGAUAGGAAACCACACUGCUAAUGGGGCAACAUUGGCACUGCCUAUUAACUCUGACUGGACUGGUGUGGUUAACAUGUUCAACAGCCUCCUGGAGGGUCAGAACUCUCUACAAGAGAUGGCCGUCUCACCCACAAUAGAUGUUGAAGCAUCCAUCAGGGCCACGGUACAGGAUGCAUCCUUUUGGAAAGGGUUAAGCGGCAGUCGAAACCUGCUGUACUUGAUUGGGAAUUAUAUUGAAUACAUGAAAAGAGAAGAUGCUGUACUCUCUAGUGUUGUUGACAUGUUCAGUCAGUUGAGGUACCACAUCGGAGCUUCGCUGUCGGGGUCCGUGCUGCACAGUGCUGAACAGAAAGCUGUCAUGGCGUCUUUAGACCGGUGUCAGGAGUUUUGCGUGAAGCCCAUCCACGCAGCGGCCUACAUGCUGGAUCCAAAGCACGUUGGACAGCAGACACUCUCCGGGGAGCAGAUAAACAACGCUUACUACGUGAUUUCCAACCUGUCGCACCAUCUAGAUCUUGAUGAGGGUAAAGUGCUUGGCAGCUUUGCCAGAUUCUCAGCUAAACAGGGAUUAUGGAAGGGUGCGGGGAUAUGGAGCUCAUGCCAGCACGUGUCUGCAUCCACCUGGUGGAAGGGGCUGUGUUCCUCCGAGCCGCUGUCUGCUGUGGCCUCUGCUAUACUCCAGAUUGCACCAGCAACAGGUGCUUGCGAGCAACUACGGUCACGCUUUUGCAAUACAAAGGUCCAAGGUUCUUUCUCAGCUGACAGGGUGCAAAAACUGGUAGCAGUACAGGCGAAUCUCAACCUUUUAGAGCCAAGUGAUUGCGAGUAUGCUCCGCUGGAGAGUGAGGAAGAGAAUAAAAUGACAUUUCAAUCUGAGACUCAGUAAAACAAAAGGAGAUCUCUGAAGCUACUGUAUGUAGAGCAGGCCACAUGGAUCGUGAUUCUCAUUCCUUCGGAAGGAAAUCCUGAAGAAAGAUAUAGCCUUACAGUCAGUCUGAGCUUGCACUAUACUCAAAUUCCUCUCUUCACUCUAAAGUCUGUGGAAAAUGAAGAUAAGCAGUGACUGUGAUCUGAUGCCUUUAAUGUGUUUUAAUCACAAACAAUGCAUACUCAUGUAGUGCUUUUUUAUUACAGUUUCAAGUAGAACGUUUCAACAUUGAAAUCACCAUAUGAAAUAUUAACAGACUAACAAGAGGUCUAAUCUUCUGUUAAAUAAAAUCAUUGUAUUUAUUGAAGGUAACACAUUUAGUUUGUUCUGAGUUUGUAUCUGUGUCUGUAUGUUCCUAAUUAAAGGAAUAGUUUGGGAAAUAUUGACUUUCUUGCAGAGAGUUAGAUGAACAGAUUGGUGCCACUCAUGUCUGUUAAAUAUAAGGCUAUAGCCAAAAGCAAGUUAGCUUAGCUCAGAAC